AUGAUCUCCACUAGGCUCACCCGCCUGGGUGCGCUGGGCACCAAGUCCCGAGCUUUGCUCGGUUCUCGCGGCCUUGCCACCGUGACUGAUUCUCCUCUUGACAAGAAGGUUGAGAUGACCAACUGGGAGAAGGGGAACUACAUCAACUACAAGAAAAUGUCAGAGAACCUUGAUAUUGUUCGCAGCCGUCUCAACCGGCCUCUGGCCUUCGCUGAGAAAAUUCUCUACUCUCACUUGGAUGACCCCCACGGUCAGGAGAUCGAGCGUGGAAAGUCCUACCUCAAGCUCCGCCCAGACCGUGUUGCUUGCCAGGACGCCACUGCCCAGAUGGCCAUUCUUCAGUUCAUGUCCGCCGGCAUGUCCGCGGUCCAAACCCCAGCCACUGUCCACUGUGAUCACUUGAUUGAGGCUCAGUUGGGUGGUGACAAGGAUUUGGCUCGCGCCAAUGAGAUCAACAAGGAAGUGUACAACUUCCUUUCUUCUGCUUGCGCCAAGUACAACAUCGGUUUCUGGAAGCCAGGCUCUGGUAUCAUCCACCAGAUCAUCCUCGAAAACUAUGCUUUCCCCGGUGGUCUGUUGAUCGGUACUGACUCUCACACUCCUAACGCUGGUGGUCUCGGUAUUGCUGCUAUUGGUGUCGGUGGUGCUGAUGCGGUCGACGUCAUGGCUGGCCUUCCAUGGGAACUGAAGGCACCCAAUGUUAUUGGUAUCAAAUUGACUGGUCAGUUGUCUGGCUGGACUUCUCCCAAGGACAUCAUCUUGAAGGUUGCUGGUCUCCUCACUGUCAAGGGUGGUACUGGUGCCAUCAUUGAAUACCACGGUCCUGGUACUGAAUCCCUUUCUUGCACUGGUAUGGGUACCAUUUGCAACAUGGGUGCUGAAAUCGGUGCUACUACAUCUCUCUUCCCCUUCAACGACCGCAUGUACGACUACCUCAAGGCUACCAAGCGUCAGCACAUUGGUGAUUUCUCUCGUGAAUACGCUAAGGAGCUCCGUGAAGACCCUGGCGCCGAGUAUGACCAGUUGAUUGAGAUCAACCUCUCCGAGCUCGAGCCCCACAUCAACGGUCCCUUCACUCCCGAUCUUGCCACCCCUAUCUCCAAGUUCAAGGAGGCUGUUGAGACCAACAAGUGGCCCGAGGAGCUCAAGGUCGGCCUGAUUGGAUCUUGCACCAACUCCUCCUACGAAGAUAUGUCUCGCGCUGCCUCUAUCGCUCGUGAUGCUUUGAACCACGGCAUCAAGGCCAAGUCUCUCUUCACCGUCACUCCUGGCUCCGAGCAAAUUCGUGCCACCAUCGCUCGUGAUGGUCAGCUUGAGACCCUUGAGGAGUUCGGAGGUGUUGUUCUCGCCAACGCCUGUGGUCCUUGCAUCGGACAGUGGGACCGCAAGGAUGUUAAGAAGGGCGAGCCCAACUCUAUUGUCUCGUCUUACAACCGUAACUUCACUGGCCGUAACGACGCCAACCCAGCCACCCACGCUUUCGUCACUUCUCCCGAUCUCGUUGUCGCCAUGACUAUUGCGGGUACUCUCAAGUUCAACCCUCUCACCGAUAAGCUCAAGGACAAAGAUGGAAACGAGUUCCUGUUGGCUCCCCCCUCCGGUGACGGUCUCCCUGCCAACGGAUACGACCCCGGUCGUGACACCUACCAGGCUCCUCCUGCUGAUCGUUCUGCUGUCCAAGUUGUUGUCUCGCCUAGCAGUGACCGUCUCCAGGUUCUUUCUCCCUUCGAGCCAUGGAACGGAAAGGAUGCCGAGGAUAUCCCUAUCCUGAUCAAGGCUCAGGGUAAGACUACUACUGAUCACAUCUCGAUGGCUGGUCCAUGGUUGAAGUACCGUGGUCAUCUUGACAACAUCUCCAACAACAUGUUGAUUGGUGCCACCAACGCCGAGAACGGUGAGGCUAACAAGGUCAAGAACGCCGUUACUGGAGAGUUUGGCCCAGUUCCUGCUACUGCUCGUGACUACAAGGCUCGUGGAAUCAAGUGGGUUGUUAUUGGUGACUGGAACUACGGUGAAGGAAGCUCUCGUGAACAUGCUGCUCUUGAGCCUCGUCACCUUGGCGGUCUUGCCAUUAUCACCCGUUCUUUCGCCCGUAUUCACGAAACCAACUUGAAGAAGCAGGGUAUGCUUCCUCUUACCUUCAUUGACCCCGCCGACUAUGACCGCAUUCCUCCUGAUGCUAAGGUCGACCUUCUCUGCACUCAGUUGGCUGUUGGCAAGCCCAUCACCCUGCGCGUGCACCCCAAGGAUGGCAAGUCUUUCGAUGUUGAGCUCGCCCACACCUUCAACGAAUCUCAGCUCGAGUGGUUCCGCGAUGGAUCUGCCCUCAACACCAUGGCCAAGAAGUCGAAGUCCGCUUAA